AUGGCGAUCACAUCAGUGCAGUCCGUCCUUCCUGCUCGAUCCUCAAUCAAUUCAUCUGAGCAGGGUGCUGUGAAGCCUCCCCCCAAGAUCUUCGACGCCCACGAGCGUCCUUUUAAAGGCUAUCAACCCCCGCAGCCCGACGGUUACCAAAAGAGCAAAUCGAGGCCUGAUACGAGCGCAAUUGUCAUUGAUAAUGGCUCUCACCUCGUCAAAGCAGGAUGGUCAUUUGACAAGAAUCCUCGUUUCAUACUCCCCCCUGUGAUGAGCCGGUAUCGAGACCGGAAACUCAACAAGGCUUGCCAAUUCAUUGGGCAUGAUGCCUACAUCGAUGCGACAACCCGCGGCCAACUCCGCUACGCCUUUGAUCCCGGUUCUAGUGUAGUGGGAAACUGGGACGUGAUGGAAGGGGUGUUGGAUUACCUGUUCAUCAAACUGGGUGUCGACGGGGCCAACGGAGGCGUUGACAGACCCAUCGUAAUGACGGAGCCUGUUGCGAAUCCCAACUACCCCAGAAAGAUGAUGAACGAAAUUCUGUUCGAGUGUUACUCUGCUCCAUCGGUCGCCUACGGAAUCGACUCGCUGUUUUCCUACCGGUAUAAUCGCGGAACGGACGGUCUUAUCAUUUCCUCCUCGCACACAUCGACGCAUGUCAUUCCGGUUCUCAACUCUAAAGCCGUGCUCUCGAACUGUUCGCGCCUGAAUUUCGGUGGCAUGCAUGCCUCGGAGUACCUGCUAAAGCUUAUGCGACUCAAAUACCCAACGUUUCCGGGAAAGAUGACGGAGCAUCAGAUGGAAGAUUUAGUGCACAGCCACUGUUAUGUAUCGAAAGAUUACGACCGGGAAUUGACCGGGUACUUGGACUGGACCGGGUUGGAAGACAGAGAUCAUGUUAUUCAAUACCCAUUCACAGAGCACAUUGUGCCAGAGAAAACCGAGGAGGAGCUUGCGAGGAUUGCAGAGAGGAAAAAAGAGAGCGGACGACGGCUGCAAGAACAGGCUGCCAAGAUGCGCCUUGAAAAGUUGAUGAAAAAGGAGCAAGAAUUGGAGUACUAUAAGGACUUACAGCGCGGUCUCCAGUCAGAGACGAAGAAAGAGAAGACGCGUAUCCUCGACGCCGAAGAUCUGAAGGAUGAAGCCCACUUGGAACGUUUGGUCCGGGAUCUCGAGCGCUCAAUAAAGAGGUCGAGAAACAAGGACCUCGGAAACGAAGAACAGGAAGAAGCGCCGGAGGAGAUGUCGUUUCCAUUACUGGAUGUACCGGACGAAGAAUUAGAUGAGGCUGGACUGAAAGAGAAGCGCCAUCAACGUCUUAUGAAGUCCAACGUCGACGCGCGACAACGUGCUAAGGAAGAGAAAGAGCGAGAACAAGCGCGGCGGGAUGAAGAAAUACGGCUUGAUCGUGAGAAGCGCGAAAAUGACCCUGAGGGCUGGGUGUCUGAACGAAGAGCACAACGCCAGAACCUCCUCCAAAGAAUCAAGGAACGCGACCGCAUGAAGGCUGAUCUCGGCAAUCGCAAGUCAUUAGCCAGCCAAAUGCGCAUGAAGACUCUCGCGAACCUCGCAGCUGAUGGUCCCAAGAAGCGACGAAGAGGAGGAGAUGAUGAUGACUUUGGUGCUAACGACGAAGACUGGGGUGUCUAUCGAACUGUGGCCACCGGCGAACAAAGCGACGAUGAAGAGGAAGAGGACCUGGGCGGGAUGCUCGACAACGUGGAAAAGGAGCUGCUCGAAUACGAUCCGGAGUUUACAGAAAACCACACUCUGGCUGCUCAAUCUGACUGGACAAAGAGUCUGAUCCAUGUGUUUUUGCGCGGUCCGUGGCCAUUCGAUGCAGAGAGCCAGCGUGAGGCCCACCAAAUACACCUUAACGUGGAACGAAUCCGAGUACCGGAAGUGGCCUUCAAGCCUUCCAUUGCCGGCAUUGACCAGGCGGGAAUAGUCGAGAUAGCCGCGAACAUCGUCAAUCAGCGUUUCUCGAAUCCGGAGGAGCAGUCAAGAUUACUGCGCGAUGUCUUCUUAACUGGCGGUAACACCCUUUUCCAGAAUUUUGACGAACGGUUUCGCAACGACUUCCGGGCGGUCCUCCCUCUGGAAGCACAGUUGGCCGUCCGUCGCGCCUCGGAUCCCAUCUUAGACGCUUGGAAAGGAGCAGCACAAUGGGCUUCUGGAUCAGGGCUGGCCAAGUCAUCCAUUACACGCGAGGAGUACCUGGAAAAGGGCAGUGAAUAUCUUAAGGAACACGAUUUGGGCAACGUUACGUCCUGGUAA